AUGGUGAAGAACUGCAACGCAUGUCUGACAUAUCAGAAAAAUACACCGGCAGAAAAACUCCAGCCUCAUCCAGUUCCCAAUCGUGCAUGGGAAAAAGUAGGUGCAGAUUUCACAGUGGACUAUUUCUCACAGUUCAUCGAAGUCUGCACACUGAGUACCACAACCAGUAGAACUGUCAUAAAGAAUAUGAAGUCAGUGUUCUCUCGACAAGGAACUCCCUGUGAAGUAUUUACUGACAACGGCCCACAGUUCGGAAGUGCUGAAUUCAAACGCUUUACUGCAGAUUGGGAUUUCGUUCAUUCUACAUCCAGUCCACAAUACCCUCAGUCCAAUGGACUUGCAGGGUCUGCUGUGAAAAUCAUCAAGAACAUGAUUCGGAAGGCAGCAUGCAGUGGCCAAGAUAUCUACAAGGCACUCCAAAUCAAUCGAAGCAGCCCACUUGAGUGUGGAAAAUCCCCAGCUGAGUUGUUGUAUAACCAACGCAUCCGAACCAAUCUGCCUAUUGCAGAUAGUUUGUUGGAAUUUCAGCAUCUUGACACUCAAGCCUUCAGGAGGAGAAAGAUGGAACAAAAGAGCAAGCAGAGUAUGCAGCACCAAAAGCAGACUGGAGCACAUGCCCUACCCCAGCUUCAGACAGGUGACACAGUCCGACUACUAGACAUGGAGAGCUCCACUUGGUCUAAAGAUGGAGUGGUGAUAGCAACCCUUCCCAAUCAAUCCUACAUGGUUCAGACAAAUUAA